UGUGCAAUUUUACAAAAGAAGAGCACCCUCACAGCAAAACUUGAAAGGGGAAUAUAAUACGCUGGUGGCGAAGGCUGUGUGAGCCCUAAACCAAGCAGCGAAGCGAAUUCGAAAAAUUUGCAAAGGCGCCGCCCAAAUUUUGCGAAAGAGAUUCAGCUGAAGAAACCCUAGCUGUACGAGGCAUCGGAGUCUCUGCUUCAGAUAGUUGAUUUGCGCGAGGAGUUACUAUUAUUUGCUCGGAUGUCAAGCGCUUGGACAAAUAUGAGCGUUGCAAUCAUACAUAGGGAUGUAGAAUGGGAGUGGGAGAAGUCAGGGUGGAGUUUUUGGUAUAUUUAUAUAAUUGGAAGUACUUGCUCGCUCUCUGGAGAGUAUUUGAUCUGGCAAAAAAUUAGAGGAUGAGGAGAUCAUAUUUUAAUUCAAAUAAAUAAUUGCUUUGGAGUAUCUUGGAGCAUAUGAGCAAUGGAGCUUGUGGAGCACUGCUCACCUCAAGGAUUGCUCUCUUGGUUUGCUUCAUAAGUUUUGUUCUUGUUUGAUUUUUUCACUUCAUGUCAAACCAUUCAGAUAAUGACGAAGACAUAUAGGGUUACCUAAGCCGGCACUGUUAACUGAUAUAACUUGUCUACCCAUUCAUAAGUGUUUUCUAUCUGCAGAAUUUUUCUUUGACUUCACCUACAAAGACCAAGAAUGAGUGGCCGAUUCUCUCGCACCAUCUAUGUUGGAAACCUCCCUGCUGAUAUCAGGGAAUCAGAAGUUGAAGACAUAUUUUAUAAGUAUGGUCGCAUCUUGGAUAUUGAACUGAAGAGUCCACCUCGUCCACCUUGCUAUUGUUUUGUUGAGUUUGAGAAUGCUCGGGAUGCUGAAGAUGCGAUAAGGGGAAGAGAUGGCUAUAACUUUGACGGCUGCCGUUUGAGGGUUGAACUUGCUCACGGUGGCAGAGGACCAUCAUCCUCUAGUGAUCGUCGUGGUGGUGGUGGUGGUUAUAGUGAAAGGGGAGGCGGAGGUGGUGGGGGAGGCGGAGGUGGUGGCAGAUUUGGUGUGUCCCGCCAUUCUGAUUAUCGAGUGAUUGUGCGUGGGCUUCCUUCUUCUGCUUCUUGGCAAGAUUUAAAGGAUCAUAUGCGGAAAGCUGGUGAUGUGUGUUUUGCUGAAGUUUCCCGAGAUAGUGAAGGAACGUACGGCCUAGUUGAUUAUACUAAUUAUGAGGACAUGAAAUAUGCUAUGCGUAAGCUUGAUGAUAGUGAGUUCAAAAACCCUUGGACCAGAACUUAUAUCCGGGUGAAGGAAUACAAGGGCAGUCCAUCCCGAAGCAGAAGCAGGAGUCGUAGCAGAAGCAGAAGCAGAAGCCCGAGGAGGAGAAGCAGGUCACUGCCGCGAUCAGCUUCAAGAUCACCCUCAGCAUCGCCUGUCAAACCAUCUCGACCCAGAUCAAGGUCCAGAUCAAGAUCAAGGUCCAAAUCAAGGUCUGCAUCCCCACUUCCGGCGAGGUCCGGCAGUGCCUGAUUUGGAGUGGGACGAUGGCUUCAGCUGAAACUUCAUUCGACAUCGAAAAUUAUUAGAACUUGGGGAUGUUUGUUGUUAUCGAUUUAGAGAUCUAGUUUAUUCACAAUUUGAUUUUCGAUGGAGAGAUUUGUUUGGCUUUAUGGUUUUCUGCGACUAGAUUUACUUUAUUGGCAUUUUGGAUUAGUAUUAUCAUUGCUGUGUUUCUAAGUAUUUUCUGUCAUUAGUUAAAUCAAACAGUAUCUAGACAACUUUGAAUAUUAUGAAGUUACUACUGUGGACA